CAGCAAUUCAGGCGCGAUUGUUGUGUUUAUAUUGUAAAAUUGCGGAGAUUUGAGGAAACUGGACAAUAUUGGAAAUAAAUUUCAAUCUUUCUUAAUCUGUUUUUAAAAAUGUCGGAAGAACAGGGUGAUGUUCCAUCCAGCCCAGAUAUACAUUUUGAACCAGUUGUGUCACUACCUUUGGUGGAUAUUAAAACUUUAGAAGAAAAUGAAGAUACUCUUUUUCAGAUGAGAGCUAAACUAUACAGAUAUGAUAGUACUGGAGAUCCACCAGAAUGGAAAGAAAGAGGAACUGGAGAAGUAAAAAUCUUGAAACACAAAACAGAAGAACAUGUUCGCAUUUUGAUGAGAAGGGACAAGACAUUAAAGAUAUGUGCCAAUCAUUACAUUCAACCUUAUAUGGAGUUGAAACCAAACAGCAGCAGUGAUAGAGCUUGGGUAUGGAAUACACUAGCAGACUUUGCUGAUGAAGAACCAAAACCAGAAUUACUAGCUAUUAAAUUUGCCAAUGCAGAAAAUGCACAAAAGUUUAAAGAGGCAUUUAAUGAAGCCAAAAACAUUGCAUCCAGAUUUUUAAAGAAACAAGAAGAAGCUGAAGAAAAUGAAUCAGAGGAUGAGAGUUCUAGUUCUGAAGAUGAUUCUGAUGCUAACACUACUCCUGUUAAAGAAACACCUUCAAAGACAAGUGAUGAAGUGACUGAUAAACUUUCAAAUCUGACUGUGAAGGAAGAAAAUCAAACUUCAACUUCACCUAGUAAAGAAGAGAGUAAGGAGGAUGAAAAAUAGACAUUUUCCAGAAAUGGAAACAUCUCAUUUAUGUAUUUGUUUUUGCUGAACAGAAAUUUUAAUUUUAUAUCAAUGCAUAUCCCAUGUUGUAAGCAUAGCUGGAAAAUUCUAUAUAAUUUUGUAUUGGUUGAAACUUUACAGCCUUGAGCAUCAUCAAUGUGAAACUAUUUUUGUAUAACUUUUCUAUAUAUUUCAAAAACUGUGCCAUGGUCAAGAUAGGUUAUAUAAGCAUUUUAAUAUAAAUAUUUGGAACUACUCACCUAGUUUUAAAUUCAAAGAAUGAAAUGGAUAUUGGAAAGAAAUUACUUAAUCUGAUUACCUUUGUUCAAAUAUAAGCCCAGAUUUUGAGGAAAUUUGUAUAUACGGAAAUAUUUGAAAUGCAUAACAGUGUUUUCAUAUUUUUUAAGCAUUUAUAGAAACUUUAUUUUUAGGUUAUCUCUUACUAUCAUAAGUUUUUUAAUCAUUUUUUGUUAAUUGAUUAAAUAGUUUAUUAAUGGGAAUAAAUGCUUUUUAAAAAAAGAAAUAGAUUCUUCAGUGCAGCAAAAUAGUAUAGAAGUUCUGAUAUAUUUUAAUAAUUUAUGCAGCUUCAUUUGUGUUGAAGAUAUUUUUCACUAGAUUUUGCUAUUGAGUGAGUCUUUGAAAUAAAGUAUACUUUCAUCUUCACACUAGCGAUCAGUAGAUCAUACUAUGUAUUAUUAGAUGCUAUAUUUAACAUAAUAGUUGUUUUUGUACUGUUUUAUAUGUUAUAACCAUCCCUUUAAUUUGAUCAAAUUAUAUAUUAUAGUGCAUUUUAAAUUGAUCAGAUUUAGAAAAAAAAAAAUUUCAUUCAAUUCAAAUAGCACAAUAGCUUCUAAAUAUCAUAUUUUUGCUCACUUUUGGACCUUUUUCUGCCUGUUUUGAAGGUAUACAUGAAAUUUUUAGAAAAUUUACAUUGAGAAAGGGACCAAAGACUUUUAAUUGCAUAUAAUUUUCAGGUUUGUUUAGAAUAUUUACAAUUGAUGUAAUCAUAAUAUAUCUUUCAUUUUUUUUGUAUAAAACAGUUUGUGGUUAAAUUUUGGAAAUAUGAAGUUGUACCUUCUAAAAUAUACUGGCAUUUUAAUAUAUGAUUUUUGAGGCCAGCAGUUUCUUGCACAUGUAUUUAAUCUCAUGCUUGUUUAUACAUUUUGUUUGUAAAUGUUUCAAAAUAAAUAUUUCAGAUUUCA